ACAAGCUGGACAAGGGUCAGUUUUUCUGAUUUACAUUCAAUCCAAGACAUUCAUUUUGCUUCAUUUGAUUAAAUGAACAAUACAUUUUCGACUAGCAGCUUGCAGAACUCUGUACCCACAGUGAUACAGGGAAAUAAGCUUCAGUUUCAAGCCUACCAAGAGCUUUCAGGAAACUACCAGUGUAAUUUUCCUCAAAAAGCUCCAACUGCAUUGCAAAGGUCAUUUGGGACUCCAGGAACAUUUUGCCAAGAUCAACCAAAUUAUGAGGCUGCAGUUCUGCAAUGUGAUCCCAGUGUGCGAAGAGUGAAUCUCUCUUCAACACAUUCCUGCAUUCCUCCCAUGGGUUAUUGUCAGAACUCGUAUUUCAGUUCACCAGUGAUGGAUCUAAGGCAACCAGCUCUGGUCCAAAAUCCACAGCCAAUUUAUCAACAACACCUGCCCAACGGUGACACUCUGAUUUAUCAUUUACUACAAAGUCGGAUGCAACAACGAUUUUAUUAUAAGCCAAACACUGUCCAAGCAACGCCUACAGCCUUUGUGUUGUAUCCCAGCCUACAGCAACAAAGCACAUUACCAGCAGCCUUUCCUGUGCUCAGUGGGCAGCACUUGCCCCAUCAGAGCUGGUCUUCCGCAAACACAGUGAGUGAGCCAGUAUCUUUAAAAUAUAUCGGAACAGUCAACCUUUCUCAUCCUUCACAGCUCACAUCUGCCAUUAAGCAAUUAGAAGAAAAUCAAUGUAUUACAAGUGAUCAGUCUCCUGAAAUGUUCAAUUCCAUUUUUGGUCAUUCUCCUGUGAAUACUCAGCAUGCCUUAGAGCCUGGUAGUGGUGUUGUUGCUCCCAGCUAUGAAAAUGGAAAUGGAAUAGACGUAAAGACUAGUCCCGGUCUAUUGAAGAACCCCGUGGAGCCCCCAGAUGCCACUGAAGGUCCUGAAAAGGCCAAAUUCCUGGAUUUCUUAAUCGAGGAUGUUGUGAGAACAGGCAGUAAUGCACUUGCCUUCGAAAAGACAUCACAGUAUAACAAAGCACAGGCUGCAAUCAUGGAAGCCCAUGCUGAGCAAACUCUGGAGGACAACGAAUCCUGUUCAAAGGUAAACACAGCAGAGACAAACAAAGAGCACUCUCAAAUCCCCAGCACUGAAGAGGGUCUAGAUGAAUUUGCCCGUCUCUUGGAAGAAUUUGCGCCUUCUGUGGAUGACUUUGCUAACGUCAUGGAUGACCUGACCCUCCCUGAUGCGCUUUUCCACUCUGGUUUUGAUCCAGCUGGGUCUGCGGAUCAUGCAGUGGAAACGGUGAACUUAUCUGAUCUUGACACUUUGGAUUUCUUCCACCCCGUAGCUCUGGCGGUUGAGCGGUCUGUAGAUACUCACAGCCACCCAGCGGAGGUCCUGAAUGAGCCCAAGGCUUCUCCGGUUGCAAAUGCCCAACAAGCUCUUCCAGAAAUCUCGGACAGGAAAGGAUUGAAAAGAAAGCAUGGACUAACAAACAAUGACAGAGAUGAAGAGAUGGGAUCUAAGAGAGGUUGCUCUUAAGACUUAUUUAUCGAUGUGUUCACACGACCACGUCUUCUGACAUAAUUGAGGACGGCUAGGGGUGUAAAUGUAUUAAUACAUCUCAAGGUGAAUUUCACCGAGGUUACUUAAAUGGUCAGUUUUGCUAUUGCUUUAAUUGAUUCACUUUCAUAAUUGUUAGUACUAAUUGAAGUGGAAAAUCAUUUGUUUUCCACCGCAUUUCCAAUUGAUUUCCAACUUUUUUGUCUCUUCCAAUAAACUGCGUUUAUUAAUAA